ACUAAAUGAAUCAGCAUCACCCUCUCUCUCUCUACACAUAGUGAGUGUGCCCGUCUGUCAGUCUACACUACCAGGUUUAGUUUAGAAUUUAGAUAUAACUUAAGUGGGCCUUUUGAAUACGUACUCACUAUUCUAUUAAGUUUAUCAUGUGAAGGCCGGCCCAUAAAAAUCAAGCCCAAAACGGAUUUCUCUAAAACGAAAAUACGAGGAUGACUAAACAAAUCAAUAUUGUUUCACAAGAAGACUAGAAUAUUAACAGUUUUUUUUUUUUUUAGACCACCACAGCUGACGAAAGAAUAGUUGGCUUUGUGCUCACCACAUGGCUGCGUAAUAAUUAACAGUUAUAUGAGAAUUGAAAUUUAUGAGUUUUGUUGUAGCCAGCAAUGGCAGAAUAUGCUUAGUUUAAGAUUUUCAUGAAUAGAAGAAGAAACGUGAGGAAGCCUAAAUAAGAAGAAAGUAGUCAAUACGUACGCCCAUAUUUUUAUAAAAAUGAAUAUGAUGACUUUAUUAAAUAGGUACGUGUGUGUCAUUUUUUGUUUGGUUGUUGAUGAAGAAUUUAGAAUCAUAUUAUAUUCCUCUCGAGUUUUGAGCCCAUUUUUCGAAUAUGUCAUGUUGUUGGUUCUCCUUGUAAAAUAAAUUUAGAAAGAAAAGAAAAAAAAAAUACAAUAAGAGUGUAAGGAUUAAAGAAGUAAAUUAAAAAGGGCGUGAUUGAUUAACCACAAAGUUUUUUUAAGGUGAUAACCUUAAUUUUAAAAUACGAUGGACACACACACACACACACGAAGAAAAUUGAAGAAGAGAGCCUGACCCCCUUCGACAAGACGACGAAAUCUCAUCAUGAGCUGUCGUCUCUAGAGAGGGCACAAGUUCUCUCUCUCUCUCUCUCCCAAAUCAAUUUGAAUUCCAAAUUUUUUCAUUUCCUCCUCUAAAAGAAAACAACAAUUUCUUUCUUGCGAUUCUCCUUCUUCCCUCUUCUCCCAAUCUCAAACAGGUUUCCUUCAAUCCUUCUUCUGUGGCAUUUCGUGUGUGUUAUGAUCACAUAACACCCCAAUUCAUACGGUUAAAUUGCCUUUCGAUUGUAUCUUGUUCUUUUCCGUACGCUACCGCCAAUUUCUUUUUAGGUUUUUUUUUUUUCUUAAGAAGGAUUUCUGGGCUGAGAGAAAAAUAGAAACAUAGAAACAAACAUAGAUUUGAUUGAUAAGAUUAAUAGGAAUAAGAAGAAGAAGAAGAAGAUGGUGUCGGAUAAUGAGAUGGGUUUGGUAUUAGCUGUGUCUUCUAGUGUUUUCAUAGGUUCCAGCUUCAUUUUGAAGAAGAAAGGUCUCAAGCGUGCUGCUGCUAAUGGCACCCGUGCUGGGUUUGGUGGUUAUACAUAUUUGUUUGAGCCCCUUUGGUGGGUAGGCUUGGUCACUAUGACUUUUGGAGAAAUUGCAAACUUUGUUGCUUACGUCUAUGCUCCGGCUGUACUUGUCACUCCUCUUGGUGCCUUAAGUAUUAUCAUCAGCGCUGUUUUGGCACAUUUCCUGUUAGACGAAAAACUUAGGAAAAUGGGAGUUUGGGGAUGUGUUUGUUGCAUCGUUGGCUCCGUUAUGAUCGUCAUUCACGCACCUCAGGAGCAGACUCCCAAUUCUGUUGACGAAAUCUGGAAACUAGCUAUGCAACCAGGUCUCCCUCUCUCUCUUCACACUUACACAUACAUAUAUGGUGUGUUUAUGUUACUACUGAUCUUAUUUCCUUCUCUCUUUUUGUUUAUGAGGACAGCUUUUCUACUUUACGUAGCUAUAUCAAUGUCGAUUGUCCUGGCUUUGAUUCUGUAUUGCGAACCUCUCUGCGGCCAGACCAACGUUCUUGUUUAUAUCGGAAUCUGCUCAUUGAUGGGUUCUCUCACCGUUAUGAGCAUAAAGGCUGUGGGGAUUGCGAUAAAGUUAACAUUGGAGGGGAUAAAUCAGAUUUGGUAUCUAGAGACAUGGUUUUUUGUUAUGGUUGCAACAAUAUGUGUGGUAAUGCAAAUGAUUUACCUCAACAAGGCGCUGGACACAUUCAACGCAGCAAUCGUUUCUCCUAUCUACUAUGUGAUGUUCACAACCCUCACAAUUGUUGCGAGUGCGAUUAUGUUCAAGGACUGGAAUGGGCAAAACACAGAGAGCAUAGCCUCAGGAGUAUGUGGGUUCAUAACAGUGCUUACAGGAACAGUUAUACUCCAUGCGACGAGAGAAGAGGAACAAGCUUCUUCUUCAGGAAGAAUGAGAUGGCAGGAUUCAGGGAAGAGCUUUGAUGAAGAGCAUCUUACAAGUUUGUACAGCCCUGAAUAUUAGGAAGCUUGUCCCUCAAACUUUAGAGCGUCUUUUGAGCUGUGAACUGAAGGAGGUUAGGGGUCCUAAAUCAGAAGACCAUCUCUAACCUCUAAGAGGGGAAAAGAAUGUAGCUUUGUGUAUAUAGUUUUGUUGUAAUAGUGUUUCUCUAUACAAAUUUGUCCAUAUUUUUUUUGAGCUCCUACUAGACAACAGAUUAGUAGCUAGCUGUCAUUUUUAGAAGAAGUACAUAUUAGUAUUGUUGACUUUGAUUAUUA